GGCCUCGACCUUCGAGAUAUUCAGUUGGUUAUCCAGUGGGGCUACACUGGAUCACUGUGUGCACUUAUGCAGCAUUUAGGAUGUGCUGCCUGUGACCCUGCGGUGACUGCAAUAGCAAUGUACUUUGUUGAGCAAGAGUAUUUUGACACCUACAAAGGCAAAUGGAGGCGAACUGCAGACUCGUCGAAAAAGCAGUGCCUGCAAAAGAGUGCAAAGGUUGUCAGAAGUGGCCAUGGUAAUACAACUGAGAGGUUGCAUGAUGAGAACGAAGGGAGUACUGAUGGAGAUAGCACGGAUGAUGACAAUAUCAAUGACACAGACAGUAGAAUUGGCAUUGGGAACAACACGGAAGGACUAGGAGUCUCACAAAUACUUCCCACCAGCCUUGACAAUGGGGAGUAUGAGACAGUCGCAAUGGCAGCAUUUAUCAAUGGACAUCUACGUGGGUUCUGCCGCAGGAGGGUCGCAGAUGAAUAUUUUGAUAACACUGCAGGUACUACCAUUCAAAUUGAUUUAAUGUUGCUGCUUACUGAAUAA